AAGUCCACACAAAAGGAUUUAAGGUCAGCAAGAAUGACUCUUUUGAAGUUCUCAGUUCUGGCGAUCCUGCUGUUUUCUGCCUACUGUUGGGCUGACAAUGAGGUAAAUGACGUUGCAGAAGACCUGAGCAACCUUUCUGUGUCUGAACUUCUGGAGAGAGCCAACAGUAAUCAGAUCCGUUCAGCUGAUGAGCCAUUCUUGACUGAAGGAGAUAUUGCCAUUGACAGUGAUGCGGAGAGAAAUGGUGAUCCCUGCACCAGUCGAGGUUGUACGUGGGGCAAGUGGAGUGAUGGAAAGGUCUAUGUUCCUUAUUACAUCAACCCCAAUCACUUCUCUUCCCGCGAGAAGGCCAUCAUCACCCGUGGACUGGAGUCAUUCUCUUCAUUUUCCUGCAUCCACUUCAGACCCACCCGAAGCAGUGACCGUGACUGGCUGAGUAUCGAGUCCCAGAAUGGAUGCUACUCCUAUGUUGGUCGACGUGGUGGUAAGCAGGUGGUUUCUCUGGCUCGCCGAGGAUGCCUGUAUCAUGGCACCGUCCAGCACGAGCUGCUCCAUGCUCUUGGAUUUAACCAUGAGCAGACACGCUCCGACAGAGACAACCACAUCAGAGUUCUGCUGCAGAAUGUUCAAUCUGGAAUGGAGCACAACUUCAGGAAAAUUGCAACCCUCAACCAGGGCACCUCUUAUGACUACAACUCUGUCAUGCAGUACCACAAGUAUGCUUUCUCCAAGAACAAUCAGCCCACCAUGCUUCCCAUUCCUAACCCCAAUGUAUCCUUUGGCAACGCUAAGGAGAUGAGCCGCACUGACAUUGCCAGGCUCAACACACUCUACAAGUGUUAGAAAGCCUUCGGUCAAAGUCACAACUGGGGGUCCGAGGGAUAGAUUUUCCCCGAUUCUUGAGGAGCCACUGGGCAUCAGAACUGCAGCUGCAACCUCAACAGCAAACUCAGUGAUUUAGCAAUAAAUUUACAUCAACAUGA